AUGUCUUCACCAAAGCAGCCGCCGUUACCAAACAUACGGCCACCGAAUUCUGGUCCGCCAGCUUCGUCGCCGUCAUUUGUCCAACAACUUCCACCGCCUCCAAUUACAAGCAGCAGUGGAUCAACACGACCACCGUCAUCGCUUGCAAGCACAACCACGUCUCGUCCGCUUCCACCUCCUCCUGGCAUGGGUGGCGACAUGCCGCAGUAUCACCACCCUCACCACCCUCCACCGCCGCUGCCGUCUUCGCACCAUAGCAGCAGCAGUCCGUCCAUGUCUUCACCAAUGACCUCAGGACCAUCGUACGCCAUUGUCCCACAGCAGCAAUCUAUGCCUAGCCUGCCAUCACCAAGCACAUUCCCUGGAUCGACGAGAAGUAAUAGUAACAGCAACAAUAAUAGCAGUAGUAGUAGCACCGCUACUUCCAAACCGUCAUUACCGCCUAUUCCUUCGCGCGGCGGCGCGCCGUCCCUCCCCCCACCGCCAUCGUCGUCGUCUUUCUCAGAGAGUGGUAUUCCUGCUCAUUCAAUACCACUGCCAUCAAGAGCACAAGCAGCAAGUCCACCUGGACCUCCUUCGCUUUUGACUCAACAACAACAACAGCAGCAGCCACAACCACCACCACCUCCUACAACCACUACUGCUGCUACUUCUUCUAGACAAUCACAACAACAACAACAACAGCAGCAGCAGACAUCCACUGCAAACAACAACACUAGCACCGGUAGCAAUAACAGUUCUAGCAACAACACUAGCAACAGCAACGCCAAUGCAGGAUAUCGACCAUUGAACGUACGGGAUGCGCUCACGUAUCUUGACCAGGUCAAGGUUCAAUUCUCAGCGCAUCCGGAUGUAUACAACCAGUUUUUGGAUAUCAUGAAGGACUUUAAAAGUCAAGCAAUCGACACACCUGGUGUGAUUGAACGCGUGUCAAUCCUGUUUAACGGCCACCCAGAUCUGAUUUCUGGCUUCAAUACUUUCUUGCCUCCUGGUUAUCGUAUCGAAUGCUCCAGUGAUCCUAAUGAACCAGACAUUAUCAAGGUCACCACUCCUUCUGGUAUAACGCACAAACGAACAUCACGGCCUGUCAUGACAGGACCAGGUGCAGCAGGAGGUCCGCCCGGACCGCCCAAUGCUGCUGGCCCACCUGGUGGAGGUCUACCACCACCACCACCGCCGCCGCCGCCUCCUUCAUCAUCACAACGAGGUGGGCGAGAGGAUAUGAUCCAUGGGAGCAACAUGGCUGGCGUGCCUCCCCAACCGCCUCCACCCUCUGCCGCUGGUUCUUAUUACACAACUCCUUAUGGUCAUAUGCCCCACCAUCCUCCGCCACCACCUCCACCACCGACAUCAUCCUCGCUUCCACCUCCACAGUCGUUGCCGCCACCGAUGUCGCAUCCAAUGCAUCCGCCAUCGCAUGGCUCAUAUAUCCCAGCACCAAGCAGCUCACGGCGACCGCCUCCACCACCGCCGCCUCAUGAACAGCAGGAGCAUUCACAUAUGAAUGGAAGCGGGGGCACUCGAAGGGCCCCGGUUGAGUUUAACCAUGCGAUCAAUUACGUGAACAAAAUCAAGAACCGCUAUGCCGGAGAUCCCGAAACCUAUAAACAAUUCUUGGAAAUAUUGCAGACAUAUCAAAAAGAACGGAAGCCCAUCCAAGAGGUGUACCAGCAUGUCCAGUAUCUAUUCAACGGUGCUCCGGAUCUCCUAAUCGAGUUCAAACAAUUUCUGCCGGAGAUUACUGGCCAGCCGGCGCCUGACUUUCUGGACGAACUCGAGCCUGCUUAUAUGGGCUCCAAGCGACUCUAUGGCACACCGCCUCAAACUUCGGGUUAUUUGCCACCGGGUAAAAAGGCAAAGCGUACGGGACAGCCAAAGCGAACCAAGGGACAAAAGAUGGGCAUGGAAGAAGACAUGAUUGCCGGUUAUCCUGCCUCUUCAUACUUUGACCCCGCACGACCUACUAUAUCGCCCGAAGAAGUCGAUCUAUUCGAACAGAUCCGAAAACAUAUUGGCAACAAGCCAUCCUAUGAAGAAUUCCUAAAGACGCUCAACUUGUACACGCAACAGAUCAUUGAUGCCGAUGUGUUGAUGAAACAAGUGGAAGGAUUUUUGGGCAACGACCGUGAUUUGUUUGAUUGGUUCAAGACAGUGGUAGCCGUGGAUCUGAAGGACCAAGUGAUCGACCGGCCAGCUGCCAUCAUUCCCAAACCUGAUUUGAACCACUGCAAAGCGACCGAAAACAGUCCUAGUUAUCGCUUGGUGCCAAAAGAAUGGCAAAACCAACCAUGCUCUGGUCGUGACCAACUGUGCUGGGAGGUCCUUAACGACGAGUAUGUCUCCCAUCCCAUCUGGGCCAGUGAGGAUAGCGGUUUCGUCGCUUCCAAAAAGAAUCAAUAUGAAGAAGCCAUGCAUCGCUGUGAGGAAGAGAGAUACGACUAUGAUCUCAACAUUGAUGCCAACUUGAACACAAUUGCUCUGCUCGAGCCCAUUGCAAAAAAGCUCGAAAUGAUGACUCCUGAAGAGAAAGCAGCGUUCCGUUUGGGUCCUGGAUUGGGUGGUCAAUCUGUUACCAUCUACGAGCGCAUAGUGAAAAAGGUGUACGAAGAGGACCGCGGCAAGGAAGUGAUCGAUUUGCUGUACAAGCAUCCUGCUCGAGUUGUGCCGGUCUUGUUGAAACGUUUGUCACAGAAGGAUGAAGAAUGGCGAAAGGCUCAGCAUGAAUGGAACAAGGCUUGGCGUGAGAUGGAUGCCAAAAACUUCUACCGCGCUCUGGAUUACCAAGGCAUGACCUUCAAGAGCAAUGACCGCAAGGCGAUAGCAGCCAAGGCCCUUGUUAACGAGAUUGAGAAUUUACACGACGAGGCGCGGGAGGGCGAAAAGGGAAACAUCCGCGAUCUAUACCCACUCAGAUUCACAUUUGACGACAAGCAGGUCUUCAAGGACGUCACGCGACUCAUCUUUUCCUUCAUUGAGAAACAAAACGGAUUCAGUAGCAGCGACCGCAGCAAAAUCCGAACAUUUGUCAACAUCUUUAUUCCUCUGUUUUUCCAUGUCGAUGACGUGGUUCCUGAAGGGUUUGCUGUCUUAUCCGAAGAUGAAGAAGACCUGACGGCGGACGAGGAUGAUGAAGGCCAAUCGAUCAAUACCGAAGAUUCUGAUGUAGAUGCGGAUGGUUCAAGUCGAUCACCACGGGACCGUAGAAGCCGAUCACCGAGCGGAACUCCAGCUGCUGCUGCUGCUGUUGGAACCACAACUCGACGACGGAACGGUCGGAAUCGGACCGAUGAUGCCGAUCCGUCAGCCGAUCUAUUGCGCGACGUGUUGACCAAAAAUAACAAAAGUACGCCCGCUGAUGAUAAUGACAGCAGCUUCGACAAGUCGCCAUCAGCCCUACGCGAUCUAUCAGCUACGCCUGCUCCAGAAGAUGAUACUGAAGGCGAAGAGCCUGAGUCUGCUGCUGCUGCUGCAACAGCAAACAAUAACAUUCGCGAUGGUUCGUACGAAGAUAAACCAAUCAAGACCGAAGAACAGUCCUCAGCUGAUGAGCGUGAAAGCAGUGCCGCUGUUGCUGCCACAGCCAAUGCAGGAGAAGGACUGUCAUCGUCACCUCAACCGAUGGAUGUGGAUGAUCAACCAAGUAAUGCGGGUGAUGCUACGACGGGAGGUUCUCAGGCUGUUGAAGACGACGAUCGAUCCACCAAGAGCAACAAUAACAACAACAAUUACAGCAAUCAUCCUGAAGGCAACCGUUUGUUUGCUGCUGCAGCCGCUGCUACCGCUCCUGGCCUUCAUAAGCGAACGGUCUACAGCUUUUUCUGCAACACGCCGUUCUAUAGCUUCUUCCGAUUAUACCAGAUGACAUAUGAGCGCAUGCGCAAGAUGAAGGCCUUGGAUGCACAGAUGAAGGCCGAUCUUGAUAAGGGCAAAAAGGUCAACAAGGUUGCUACCGAGUUGGGUCUGUAUACUAGCCGUUUUGAAGAUAUCAAUCUAUCGAACGGCUAUUACACCGCUUUGCUCGAUUUGAUCGAUCGUUUUUUCGAUGGUGAAAUGGAUCAAACUGCAUUUGAGGAAAAGUCGCGUUACAUCUUUGUCACUGACGCUCACGUCCUGUUUACCAUUGACAAGUUGGUUCAAUCCAUUAUCAAACAGAUCCAGUCGCUGACCUUGGAUGAAAAGUGCGUCGAACUGGUGGAACUCUUCCGAAGUGACCAGAAUUUGGACUCCACCUGUCCCCGCAUCUUGUCAGUAUACAGACUACGUGCAGAGGAAACGGUGGGUUCUGAUGAGAACCUGUACAAAGUAAACUUUAACACUGAGACACACAAAAUGUCGAUUCAGCUUUUGGAUAAAGAUGACGAUAUGCUUGAACCUUCAUCACAAGAUUAUUACGAGAACUAUGUGGCAAGCUACAUGGAUUGGGCAAAUUGUACGGAUGGAAUUGAUACGUCCAAGAUGCAUCCUACAUUUUUAAAACGCAAUUGGAAGCCACAUGAUCGACACUUGAGCAAGAUAUUUGUCCGGUCUCGUUUACAGUACAAGAUCUCUCAAGAAAACUACCACAUGUACUACAUCAUUGGCUCAGAAGAUGCCUUUAUACGACCACCCAUCUCUUCUUCUGCCACUAGCAGUGCUGACGACAAGAAUGAUGAUGAUGCUGCUGCUGCUGGUGACGAUCAAGUAGCGGCAAAGAGCAAGAUAGAACAAGAACGGACGAAAAAGUGGCAUCACUGGUUGGAGUCACGAUCCACUGGCUGGUCAAGGGAUAUUGAAUCCGAUGAAGCAUACAAUUCAAUGGAAGCAGCUGCUCUCAAGCGGUUAACACAGUAA